AUGGUGGAACGUUCGGAAACCGAGGAUAACUUGGAGAGGAUCGCCAACAAGGCGACUGCUUCCAGAGAACCGUUAUCGGCAGACUUCUACGACUCCCGCUUGACGAGUCUGCCAACCAGCAGUGAACCAUCUACGACGCCAGAAGAGAAGAGAGGUGAAGAGGAUCAUGUUUCAAGCCGCUUACGCAGAAGGACUCAGACAACCCCAAAAAUGGUGCAUGAGAAAGAUAUAGAGUUGGAUGACAAGCUGAUCGAAGGCAUCUUCCUGAAACUCAAUACCGUAUACCAUGACCGGUUGGAAAGGAAUAAGCGGAAGGGAACUGUUUUCAAAUCUAGUUUUGCUGACUUGAGUGCCGACCCUGUGCGGUACACUAUCCUAGAUUCUCCGUCGGUGAAGAACUCUCAGUUCCAUGGCUUUUUCAUUUUAUUUUGGCUUGCAAUUGGCUUCUUCAUUUUGAAAGACGCUCUUCAUGCUAUUUUUGAAGAUGGCCUUUUCAUUUAUAAAGCGCCAGUGUUCCGUAUCUUUGUCGGAGGUCUUCCUAAGAUUGCUUUCACCGAUGCACUCAUGUACUCGACGACUUAUUUUGCCUAUAUGGUGCAAAACUUUUGUUUAAACGGCCGUAUUUCUUGGGUAAAGACCGGUUGGAUUAUUCAGUCUAUUUAUGAACUUGUGUUCUUUGGUUUCUGGAUCACUUACCUUUUGGUAUUUGACUUCCAAUGGAUCGGCAGAGUUUUCCUUGUGCUUCAUAUGUUUGUGUUAUUAAUGAAGAUCCAUUCCUACGGAUUUUAUAAUGGCUACCUUUGGCGUAUCUUGCUUGAGUUGCAAUUUUCAGAGGCCUACUUGGACAAAUUGCAUCUGAAAGCAGUGAGACUCCCAAAGCAGUUUGAGGAAGAACAGAUGAGAAAAGUCCUUGCUGAAAGCAUCGCUUUCUGUCGCUUUGAGCUUCUUCAUCAGUCUGUUGCCAUCUGUAAGGAGGACGAGGUCGACCCUACUACCCUUAAGAGAAGUUUGGAGAAUUUGCAACACGAAGAUCUGAUUAAGUUCCCACAGAAUAUCACAUUUAAGAACUUCUUCACCUUCACUAUGUUUCCAACUGUUGUUUACGAGCUUGUAUUCCCACGUACCAACGAAAUUCGGAAAUCGUUCUUACUUGAGAAGUUGAUUGCCAUCUUUGGAAUUAUUUCAAUCAUGCUUUUCGUCGCCGAAUAUUCCAUCUAUCCAUUAGUGGUCAGAUCGAUCGCAUUGAGGAAGGCUGAAAUGAGCUUGGUUAAUCGUCAGAUAGCUUAUUUGUUAGUUCUAGUUGACAUGAUCCCACCAUUCAUGAUGGAAUACCUACUUGUGUUUUACUUGAUUUGGGAUGCCAUCUUGAAUGCAAUUGGUGAGCUCAGUUACUAUGCUGACCGUGACUUCUACGGUCCAUGGUGGUCUUGUGUUGAUUGGUUCGAGUAUGCAAGACUCUGGAACAAACCUGUUCACCGUUUCUUGCUUAGACAUGUUUAUCACUCAUCGAUCAGUGCCUUAAGGCUCAACAAGAUGCAAGCAAACUUUGUCACUUUUAUUAUUUCAAGUUUCAUCCAUGAGCUAGUCAUGUAUGCCAUCUUUGGUCGCUUGAGAGGAUACUUGUGGUUAUUCCAAAUGAGCCAGAUACCGUUGGUGAUGAUCAGCAGAACCAAGUUUUUGAGAGACAAGAAAGUGCUCGGAAAUGCAAUCUGCUGGAUUGGCUUCACCUCCGGACCCGCUAUGAUCUGUACCCUUUAUUUGAUAUUUUAA